GUGUAAACAGAACGUGAGCGCUAAGGUGAAGGUGAAAGACGCACCAGAACGUGCUCAGGAAUCUCUGGGUGUGAGCUGCGUGCUAGGUGUGUUCAACGUUUCCUGGACUCACUUUCUCAACAAGAUGAAUUUGAGGUGUCAUUAAUGACAGAUGGAUGACAAGGCAACAAGUCCACCUGAGGAUUCCCAAAACACUGAGACAGGUGUUAAUGAUGAGCAAGAAAGAAGAAGAGCAGAGUUACUUAUCCCUGAAAAUCUACAGAGACUUCUGGCAGAUGCCCUGACGUACAAAUCCCCCAUUAAAGACUUGCGCACUAUUGUCCGCUGCGGUGGCGAUGUCAAUGGGCCGGUCAAGAGGGGGCUCCGGCCACUGCACUAUGCAGUGCACUCUGGCAACAUGGAGGGUAUCGAGUUCCUGCUGGAGCAAGGCGCGAACGUAGACGCCCCAGACGACAUAGGUUACAGGCCUAUACAUCUGUGUGCCAGGAAAGGCCUCUCUGAGCCUCUUAGGCUAUUGAUUCAACACGGGGCGAAGGUGGACUUCUUUGUUGAGAACGAGGACAGCUCUGAUACCUCUAGACAGCUUGGCUAUCUGACAAUAGAGCCCCUAAACAUGGCGCUUGAAAACAAUCACCUGGAAUGCUCACGUCUGCUGCUAGAAGCUGGCGCCAAACCAAACAAUCAUUACUUCCUGGGCUAUGAGAUCAACCUGGUGCCGUUAGAAAAUCUGGAAUGCCUGAAACUUCUGCUGGAGUUUGGAGCAGAUCCGAAUGUUUUUAGCAGAUGCGGUUUGUCACCAUUGAUGAAGGCUUGCAGGCAGCACAAUAUUAGAGCUGUCAGACUUCUUUUAGAACAUGGCGCCAAACUUGAUUCUCAACCGAGUGACCGUUUCGAACAGAAAACUGCUAUUCAUUAUGCUAUACAGUCUGGGAGCACUGGAAUCACAAACGCAUUGCUUCGUCGAGGAGCUUUGAUCAGCAGACCACCAGGAUACAGAUAUGCAGCACUGCACACUGCCAUCGUUAGUGACAACCCAGAGAUGUGUGACUUGCUUCUUCGAUGGGAGGCCAACGUUGAAGAAACGACCGACGAAAACUCUACCCCGCUGCAGCUGGCCUGCGCCACGCCUGGGCUCAAAAACAGGCUGGCCAUCGUGGAGAAGCUCCUGGGGCACGGAGCCAACCCCAACGCCAACGCCCCCUUCUCCUCCUACAGCAGCCCAUUCCUCUCCCCGCUCACAGAGUACAUGCGCUGCGAGACGGACCAGGUGGAUUACGACGUCGUCCACGCCCUGAUCCUCUACGGAGCUCGUGUCCACUUCCGUGCCGCUUCCACGGCAAGCAGGGCCAAAGACCCGCACGGGAUCCUUCACUGCAUCCAGCACCUGAAGAAGAAACCCGAAGUCUUUCACCUUCUAGUCAGUGCCUCCACCGUCUUCGAUGUAGACUCGAUUCAAGCGUACAGCAGUUUGUCCCCUGACCAGCGCUACACCCUUCUCUCCGUGUGUGGGGGGCCCCGAGAUUUGAGGACAUUAACCCAUUUAUACCUAAGAUCCUAUCUCAAGAUGACAUUUCAGGAAAGCGUUAAGAAACUUCCUCUUCCCGCAAUGGUUAAACAAUUUCUAUUAUUUAAUCCAUCAGACAACUACAAGAAUAAAUCUGAAUGAUUGACAUUGCAGGCUUGAAAGUUUCUCAGAAGGAGUUAUCAUUCUGUUGAAAGCAAAGUCUGAAGAUUCUUUCCUUCAUUGGACGAAGACAGUAUCGCUUCUACAUUUCAUGUUUUGCGAUGUGAAUCAUUCGUGUGAUAUUGCUUUUUGUUUAACUUAUUCAUUAUUGUCACGAGAAUGAGUCGUGACCAUAGACAUAAAUAAAUAUAGACUGGUCGAAGGAAGUAACUUCAUGUAACUUGAAAACAUGUAUAUCUAUUGUAUUCAGAUUUCCGCAUUAUGAAAAAUUGCAUGAUCUUCAUUCUUAGAGAUUAAACAUAACUACACUGCCUCCUUAUUUAUAAUAUAUAUAGGUGUGUGGCUGAAAUAGAUAUGAAUACUUAACUUUUAUACUGCUCAUAAAUGCUGUAUAAUAAAGUACACAAAAUUGCAAGUCACAAAUUUUUGUUUCAUAAAACUCUUUAAUCGGCCAGUCUAUAUUUAUUUAUGUCUAUGAUCAUGACCCAAUUUCAAUUUGUGUGACGUAAUUGUUUUGAUGUACAGCAGACGUGAAAAUAAAUUAAAAAGUUUGAAUCUAAAUAA